AUGCCUCCGGGUGGCCGGACCUACCCUUGCUUGUCUCGUAGGGAGGUCGAGAAUCUUAUUGCAAAAGGCCACAAAAUUGUCAUUUUCAACCAACAUGUGCUAAAGGUUGAUCCAUGGCUACCUUACCACCCAGGUGGCGAGAAGGCUUUGCUGCACAUGGUGGGCAAGGACGCUACAGAUGAAAUCCAAGCACUUCAUUCUACCGAUGCCCAAGAGCAAAUGUUACGGUAUCGAGUUGGCAAGAUUGACGGUGUUUGGGCCAACUUCACACCGCCAAUUCAAGGCGGGUUCUUUCGUCCACUGUUGAAUGCGGAUAAUCUUGAUUGCAAGGAUCCGUAUGUCCCAAAAGACUUAACUUCAAGCGCUUCCAGCUCUAGAUCGCCGUCGCCAGUGUUUGAUGAUGAGGCUGAAAGAGUGAGAAGACGCAGGUUGGCCAAGGACCAUCCUCCAAGAACUGCAUCAAUAUCCUCGCAAUCCAGUAUGGAACCUGAUACAACCGGAAUGUCCUACCUGGAUGCUCUCACAAGAGAGGAGAUCAGUCUCGACAUCGACAGGUACCCUGAGGUUGAUUUGGCCACGCAGCAAGAAAUAGCGGCAAAAUUCAGAGACUUGAAUAGGCGCAUUAUUGACCAGGGCCUUUACGAAUGCAGUCGGACUGCUUAUGUUUAUGAAUGCUGCCGAUAUUUCGGGUUAUUUGCCGCCAUGUUCAUUUCUCUCAUGUAUGGCCAAUAUGCGUUGGGUGCAUUCUGCUUGGGCCUUGCAUGGCAUCAACUUGUCUUCCUUGCUCAUGACGCCGGGCAUUUGGCAAUCACCCACGAUUACCAAAUCGACACUCUUAUUGGUAUAUUCGUUGCCGAUUUUAUCGGUGGCUUGUCACUUGGUUGGUGGAAGAGGAACCACAAUGUUCAUCACAUUGUCACUAAUGCGCCGGAACACGAUCCUGAUAUUGAACAUAUGCCCCUCUUCGCCGUCACACAUCGGCUACUGGAAAGCUUACGGUCGUCAUACUACGAUCGGGUUAUGGAAUAUGAUGCAGUUGCCAAGGCUUUGUUGAAGAUUCAGGCUUGGACGUACUACCCUCUUCUUGCACUUGGACGAUUCAACCUCUACCGUUUGUCGUGGGAUUAUAUCAUUGCUCGUCGAGGCCCAAGACGUGGCCCUGGAGCUUGGCACUGGUACCUAGAAAUUUGUGGACAGUUGUUCUUCUGGGCGUGGUUUGGCUAUGGCAUUUUGUAUAAGAUGCUACCUGAUGGCUGGACACGCUUCAUGUUCGUCAUGGUGAGCCAUGUCACCUCAUCGCCGCUCCAUGUGCAAAUUGUGCUCUCCCAUUUUGCCAUGAGCACCUGCGACCUCGGCCCGCAAGAAUCCUUUGCUCAGCGAAUGCUCCGAACCACGAUGGACGUAGAGUGCCCGCCAUGGCUUGAUUUCAUACAUGGAGGACUGCAGUUUCAAGCCAUCCAUCACCUCUUUCCACGCAUGCCGAGGCACAAUCUUCGCAAAACCCAACGGCUGGUAGUAGAGUUUUGUCAAGAGGUGGGCAUUCCCUACGCGCUUUAUGGGUUUGCAGAUGCAAACAAGGCCGUUAUUGGUCGUCUGGCAGAAGUCUCCAGACAGGCUGCCAUUCUUGCAAAAUGCCAACAGACGGUUGCUCGAAAUGGCGGAGUCUUUGGACACCAUCACUAA